ACGAUGUCCAGCUUGGAAGCAGGUACAGACAGUCGGCAUCCAGAGCUCCAGCACACUUCGUCCUCCGACAAGGAGCAUAAAGCUGUCGAGUCCUCACAUGCGCAUGGCUCUGAGCAGGGGGAACAUGACGCACCGGGCAACGUCUACGACUCUACCCGCUGCUUGUCUCCACGUACGCCUCCUUCAGGCGAGAAGUCGCCGAGCUCACCACAACCACCACCACAGGCGGACGAGCCACCCGUGACGGUGUCUCGGACGCACUUCUUCCUCAUCAUGAUCUCGCUGUGGCUAGGCAACUUUACCGCAUACUUCAACGAAACGACGGCGACGACUGCUAUGCACGAGAUUGGCUCGUACUUUGCCGCUAUGGGCGGGGCCAACGCCAACGCCCAGGCCAACCAAAACUGGAUCGCAACGGCGUAUCUGCUCGGGUUCACCGUCACGCAGGUGCUGUUGGGGAGGUUCGCAGACAUCUUUGGGCGGGCACGGGUCUUCUACGUGACGAUGGCGGUGUUCGCAGCUGGGACGCUGUGGUGCGGUCUCGCGCAGAGCAUGAACUCGCUGAUCGGCGCACGCCUUCUUCAGGGCAUUGGCGCCGCUGGUCGGCAGUCUGUCGGCGUCAUCAUCGUCCUUGACCUCACGACAGCCCGGACACGCGGCAUCUGGCUUGGUUUCUUCAAUGGCGCGUCCGCAUUGGGCCUUGCCCUUGGCCCCAUCAUCGGCGCUGUGCUCUCGACGUCGGGGCCUGCGUCUUGGCGCUGGCUCUUCUGGAUAACACUCAUCAUGAUUGGCAUCACAUUCUGCGUUGGGUGUUUCAGUUUGCGCAACCUCAAGGGCGCGACUAAGAACGAGCAGGACACGCUCCGACGGAUGUUUGGCGAGGUCGACUGGAUUGGCUGCUUACUCGCCGUAGCCAUAUCAGCCCUUGCGUGCGUUGCGAUCGAGUCGGGAAACAAGAUGUAUCCGUGGAACUCCGCGCCCAUUAUUGCCAUGCUCCUCGUCGCUAUCUGCCUCGUGCCCGUUUUCGCCUUCUGGGAACUCUACUGCACGCGGCACGGACGUCAUCCACCACCCCUGCUCAACAUCCGUCUCCUCCAGAUCCGUAACAUCCCCCAGACGUGCAUCAUCAACUUCCUCACUGGCGCGGCCUACUUCGGCUGUGUCUUCUUCCUACCCCGGUACCUCGUCGACGUCCGCGGCUCCUCGCUCGUCCAGUCGGGCGUGCAAAUGUUCGGCCUCACUCUUUCCCUCGGCGCGUUUUCUGUCCUCGGCGCGAACAUCCUCGGCCUCACGGGCAAGGUCAAGGCCCUAGGCAUUUUCGCAGGCGGACUGUACGCGCUGGGCUCGGGCCUCAUGCUCCUCGUCACGCGUACGACGCCUAUGGCACACAUCAUCGGCUUUGGCGUCCUCGCAGGCACUGCAGCAGGGCUGCUCUACCAGCCCGCGCUCGUGGUGGGCCCGAUGAGCGUGCGUCGCGAGGAUGUCGCGGGAAUCUCUGGUUUCCUCUCCUUCCUCCGCACGUUUGGGGGCACGGUCGCCACAGCGCUCCUCACCGCCAUCUUCGAGACGAGCUUCACAAGCACACUCAAUGCACAGGGUGUUAUCCCUAAAUCCCUCGUGUCACAAGGUCUAGCACUGGCGGACGCCGUCGCAGCUGCGGACGCGUACGAGGUGACGUGUUCGUGGGCGGGGCAGUACGCGGCGAACCUCACGCAGACGCAGUGCGCGGCGUGGGACAGUGAUGUACGCGAAGCGCUUGUUGGCGCGUACAGGCUUGGCCAGUGGCCCGCCGUCGCGUUUGGCAUCGUGUAUGCGAUCGGGUGCGCGUUUAUGAGUGGCGUGGACUUCAAAGUUCAACAGCAGUGGCCGUGGUCUACCUGGAACUGGAAGCGGAGACGAGGAGGGGAGAGUGCCGAGGCACUCGAGAAGGGGGCCAGCAGCAGCUGAGCCGCCUAAUCUCGGGUCUGUUUCUUCCCCCUUCUCGUUUUCAUUCCUCGACAUCUGUCCCCGCAUCUGAUCUCCAAUGUCUUACAUCAGAAUCUCAGCUUCGUUGCCUUUUCUGCCCUCUUCGCCAUGCAUCCAGUACCCAGGUCGCGCCACAUCCUCCUCUCGUCCACUCGUCGUCUUCAAUUGCACUUGCAAUAAUCGUUGAUCCUCUGCAAUCAUUCCACCUUGCACUUUGUAUCAGUAGCAUUCACCAUCAUUCAAAUCCUGUUAGCGACAUAUACCUCCCUCAUCACCUGGUUCCAGCCUAGACAUUUUGCGGUUCCCUUAAUCUUGUGGACCUGCUUCCCCCGGACGUCUGUUUUCGUACCUUCGCACACCAUACCUCCAUACAUCCCUCGUACCUACAUAAUUCCCCUGUGCGAGCCCUUCUUCGCACACGGAUUAGAAUUCCCUUUCCGACC